AUGGCUGCCGGUGGGGGAAUCCGAGUAAACUGGCCCAGUCGUCAGGGCGGCUGUGCUGAUGCUUCUCUGGCACAGAAUCUGGAGAAGAGCUCCUGUGUCCGUCAGCACUCUCUCCGGACAGUUGGCACCAUAAUCCAAGGCAAUCCAGGCAAUUCGAUGAGGCACCAGAGGGUCUGUCCUCCCACCUAA